UAGUUGCUUUUCUUCUCUCUCAAACAAAACAUAUAUAAAGCCAAUAUCUGAAUUCCGAAAAGCCGAAACCGCCUUGUUCCCUCCCGCCGACGAUCGCCACCUUUCUCUCUCUUCAAUCGCAGCCACCACAAACACCGUCGCCUCUCUCUCUCUCUCUCUCUUCCCCGGCCGAGUCGACUCAGCGAUUCGCAAUGUUCUUCCUCCGAGUCCACUCAGUGGACACCAACCACCCCGUCAGCCUCGAAGACGCCGAGUUCACCACCAUCUCCGCCGCCAAGGCCGCCCAAUCAAAACCUAGGUUCAGCGAGCGGAGAGGAAUCGCGCACCUCUUUCGAACACGAGGAAACUCGUCGCUGCCGAGCCACGACGCCGAGUCCACUCUCCUCUUCGUCGUCGCCGUCCCCAACUACCUCUCCUUCAACGACUUCAUCCGCUUCUGUGAGCCCCGCCUCGACCAUGUCGCCGACCUCGUCUUCAUCAGAAACGAUGCCAUGGAAGAUCGGUACAGUGUUGUGAUUAGGCUUAUGGAUGAGAUGAAGGCAGAUGGAUUUUAUGGCAGUUUCAAUGGGAAGAAGUAUUCGCCGGGCGAGGCUGAGGUGUGCCAUAUACUGUUUCUGGCAUCAGUGGACUACACAGAUUCAGCUGAAAUAGCCGGGACUCCUCCAGAUUUAUGUACUGAACUGCCUAGUUGCCCAGUUUGCCUUGAGAGAUUGGAUGCAGACACAAGUGGAAUAGCAACUACACUAUGCGACCAUUCAUUUCAAUGUCCUUGUAUCUCAAAAUGGACUUAUUUGUCAUGCCAGGUUUGCCGAUUGUGUCAACAGCAGGAUGACAAUCCAGCUUGCUCUGUCUGUGGAAUAUUGGAAAAUCCUUGGGUUUGUGUAAUAUGUGGUUUUGUAGGGUGUGGAAGAUAUAAAGAAGGCCAUGCUGUUAGGCACUCGGAGGAUACACAGCAUUGCUAUUCUCUUGACUUGAAGAGCCAGCAGAUCUGGGAUUAUGUUGGUGAUGCUUAUGUUCACCGCCUGAACCAAUCAAAAGUUGAUGGCAAGCUAAUAACGGAUGUCAAUUCUCACUGUCGAGAGUUGGGAGGAGAUUGUGACAGUUGUGAAUGUAGUGAGGAUUCUGGAAUUAGUGGAGCCCUCUAUAGUAGCAAAGUUGAAACUAUUGUUGACGAGUAUAAUCGACUUCUUGCAAGUCAGCUUGAGACUCAAAGACAGUACUAUGAAUCUCUACUGAUGGAGGCCAAAAGUAAAGCUGAAAGUUCAAAUUCAGAAGCAUUGGAGAAGGCUGUAAAUUUGAAGAUACAGGAUAUUCAAAGUAAACUGGAGAAAUCUCUUGAGGAAAAAAAGGCUGUUGCACACAUUCACCAAACUCUCAUCGAGGAGCAACAAACCUUGAGUGCAAAAUAUAAGGAAAUUGAAGAGAGGGAAGCUACAACAAUGAGGUUAAGAGACGAGAAGAUAGUUGAUCUGGAAGAACAGAUCAGAGAUCUUACUGUCUAUAUUGGAGCCCAAAAAACACUGAAUGACAUGACGAACUCCGAUGAUAUCAAAGGGGGAUCACUCCUACCUGUACCGUCUAAGCAAUCUUCUUCGGCCAAAAAUAAAAGACAAACAAAAUCUAGCAGAAGACGGAAUUAGAUACUUUGAGAAGAGAAUCAGCAUCUCGUUUGUUCACAGCUUUUGGAUCAUGAAGCAUUUCAGCAUCUUAUGAUUCUUAUCAGAUAGGAAUUGAUGUUGUUAUUCUAAAUAGGAUGUACAGAUACAACCUGAACAAUGUUGGGAUUCGAAAGUCAAAAGUUUUAAAUGUUGGGGUUCCCCAUUAGUCGACUAAUUCUAGGCAAUAGUAGAUUAGACUAGCUUUCUACAAUGGCAGACAACUUACUAAGUGGCAAGAACUGGUGUGCUGCGCAUGGAGGUCUGCCUGUAUAUUGCAAUUGAUGAUAAAGGAAAACCAUUAAUAUUUUGAGGAA